AUUACAAAUGUUCAAAAGAAGUAGAAAGGGGAGUAGACAGUAGAGUACUGAUGAAAAAGCAUCCUCGCGAAUUGUCAUUUCACAUAAAAAGCUUAAAAAGCUGGACUCCCAUUGACUUGAUCAUCAUCCAAAUCAAUUGAUCAAUCUACAAGAAAAUUCAUAAUUUAAUCGUCAUCGCAGUUCUCGAAUUCAAAACGUCGAUUGAAAUUCGAGUUUUACCAGAGCGAUCGCCGAUGGAGUUACUGCCGGAAAACGAGAGAAGAACAGAAUCGUCAGAUGAAGAAAACGACGAGGAAGAAGAAGUAUGGAGGAAACAUUACUCGUCGAGACACCGAAUAUUACUCGUCGGAGAAGGCGAUUUUUCCUUUGCACUGUGUUUGGCCAAACACUUCGGAUCCGCUCGCAACAUUGUAGCCACUUGCCUCGAUUCGCAAGAUGACCUAGAAAAGAAGUACAGCGACGGACUUAGGAACGUGAGGGAACUAGAAGAAAGAGGAUGUUUAGUAUUCUACGGAAUCGACGUUCGAAAUAUGAGUACUCAUUUCUUCCUUAGAACACAGAGAUUUGAUCGUAUCAUCUACAAUUUCCCUCACGUCGGUUUCCUGUUCCGCGAGGAUAGUUUCUGCCAAAUUCAGUUGAACAAGGAAUUGGUGGAAGGGUUUCUGAAGAACGCUAGGGUUUUGUUGAAGAAAGUGGAUGGGGAGAUUCAUGUGUCGCACAAGGAGGGGGAACCAUACAACAAAUGGGAGCUGGUGGAGGAAGCCAUGAAAUUAGGGCUGAAGCUGCAGGAAACGGUGCCGUUUUACAAGAAUGAUUAUCCGGGAUAUCAGAACAAGAGAGCCGAUGGAGGUCAUUCGAAUGCGCCAUUUUGGCUUGGGGAUUGCUGUACUUACAAGUUUAAGCUCAAUCAAUCGGCCUAAACAACAGAAAUCCAAGAGGAAAGGGUAGAGAGCUUCUUCUCUUAACUUUAUUAUUGUCUUCUUGUUAGGAACUUUGUCAUUUAUUCAUCUCUAUGAUACUGUGUGUGGCAAUGACAAUGAUUUUUAGUUUUUGAAAAUUAAGUGAA